ACAUACAGACGAGAAACUUGCCGAGGCGAGGGUGGUCGACUCAAGUCACGCGAGGAUUGAACCGAGACCCCAGAGCCAAGCCACCGAUUGUUUCCGUGGCAAAUCAGUCUGCAAAAUGAAGUGUGCCGCGUGGCUGCUUUUCGCGUUGCUCCCGCGAUUCUUCGCCGUGUUACCGGUCACCACUUCACAAAUUGUUGGUCAGAGGACCCCGGCCAGACAGGGUCUGGGUCGAGAACAGCCAAUCGUCAAGAUUCCCGACCAAGGAUUGGUCGCUGGCAAGGAGGCGUUCGUUAAUUCCAAAGUGAUACAAUAUUUGGGAAUACCUUAUGCCCAGCCACCGCUAGGAAAAUUGCGUUUCUCAGCACCUGUUACCGACCCACUUCCAUCUUGGAAGGGCAUACGAAAUGCAACGCAGUUCGCGCCGUCCUGCCAACAAAUAACAAACCGCUUGAAACUUCACGAGAAACAUUAUAAGAAGCUGCUGUCGCCUGAUCAGCCUGAUCCUGGUGUUAGCGAGGAUUGUCUGUACUUGAACAUCUUUACUCCCGAUGGGAACAAACAAGACGAUGGAUGGCCAGUGAUGGUGUGGUUUCACGGUGGUGACUUCAACACUGGCACACCGGCCAUAUGGGAUGCGUCGACUUUCGUCAGUAAACAUAAAAUCUUAAUGGUCACUGUGGCGUAUCGUCUUAACAUCUUUGGUUUCUUCACGACCACCGACGGCGAGGCUCCAGGGAAUUACGGGAUGUUCGACCAGAUAGCGUCGCUGGAUUGGAUCCAGAAGAGGAUCCAUCAUUUCGGCGGUUCACCGUCCAACGUGGUGAUCUUUGGCCACAGCUCCGGCGCCAUAAGCGUCGGCCUGCACCUGACGAGCCCGCUGAGCAGGGGCAAGUUCUCCAAAGCGAUCGCGAUGAGCGGCGACGCGGUGAGCUCGGUCGGCUCGCCUAAGACCGAGCUGCCGGUGGUCGACAUCAUCGCCGAGAAGUUCGGCUGUUACCGGCAUCCGACGUCGGCGCUGAUGGAGUGUCUUCGCCGGGUGGACGUGAAAAUUCUGGUACGCGAGUCCUCGGACAUCGAGACCUGGGGCCCGAUCGUCGAUUACGAGACAAGCAACGCCACAGAGCCGUUUCUACCUGUACAUCCGCGGAACGCGUUGGACAGCGGCACUCUGAACCCGGUUCCUUUGAUGGUCGGCUACACCAACAACGAACAGGCGUUGGCUUACAUGGAGUCCGUGGACAAGGAGAAUCCGGAUGGCAAGCUGUCGCACAACAACUUCGAGACGCUGAUCACUGACGAGUUCGUGUCGUUGGUCCAGAGCCCGGAGGACAACAGCACCUGCGAGCUGAAGCCGGAAAUGGUGGCCAAGGCGGUGCUGUUCUUUUACCAGCCUCAUCCGCCGAGCAAGGAUCAAGGUGUGUUCCGAGACAGGUACCUGGAUCUGCAAACGGAGAAGAAUUUCGCAGCUGGGCUCACGUUACUGGCUGGCAAGGUGUCCAAGGAGCAGCCGGCGUACGUUUAUAGGUUCGACUACAGGCCGAAGACGCCGUCGGUGAUCAAGGAUGUGCCGGAAUGGGCCGGAGUCCCUCACAUGUUCGAGCUGCCGUUCGUUUGGGGACUUCCAGUGGCUGGCAGCGCCGUUCAGUGGAUCAACUCUGACAAGAGGAUGGCCGACGUGAUGAUGGCGAUGCUGGCUAGCUUCGCCAAGACUGGCAAUCCAGGUCAGCAAAAGUGGGAACCGUAUACCGAGGAAGAGCCCGGUAUCUGCAUCAUCGAUAAGAACAUCGCCAUGAGCGAUCCAAACGCCAUCGAUUACAGAGCGCUGGCAUUCUGGAACGAGUAUUAUCCGAUGGUUCUCGAAGAGGCGAUGAAUAAUUGUUGUAACAUGACCAGUAGCUCUAACGCGCGGAGAGAAGCGGGUUCUUACGGGGUUGUUUUCACUGAGUUCGUUGUUAUCACGAUGUUCUGGUGGAUAGAGUUGUAGUCGACGAUACAGGUUGUUCAGAUUUUCUUUGGCCGCGUCUCGACUGGGUGCCUCUACGAUGCGGGACGUUGACGAAUUUUUUUUUUUAGGGCGUGCUGGUUCAUGUUUUCUUCUCCAGACGACGAUCCGUGUGUAAUGUAGUUUCCGUUCUCGGCUCGGUAAAGUUCCAUUUUGCGCACGAUUGGCCAUAUUCUAAAAGUAGUCUCGGCCAGCUUGCGUCUUUGUAAAUGCACGCGAUGGCUGCAUAAAACGAGACCUAAAUACACGAAACGUCGAUGCAUCACGAGCAUCAGUUUGAUCGUGAAGACAACGAAAACGUUUAGGGCACCUAGAAAGAAAGGGUAGGAGAUGUACAUUACGAGGUUGAGAAGGCAAAGUGGUGCAUAUUCACAGGAUAAUUCUCCAGUCUAACGAUCUGUACGAUUUUCGAACAAUAUUUAUUGCGAAAUAAAAAUGAAAAUUUUAAACGGCAUAAAUAUAUAUAUGUGAAACUUAAACGAUCGUAAGA